AUGGAUUCUUCCACUCGCAGAAUCUUCCACAGAAGCCCAAGUUUCUCCUCGCAGAGCUCAGCACUCAGUAUGAGUGGGUCCCUGUAUUCAAAAGGGAGCAUGCAGCGUUUCGGGGUCACACCCAGUGUCUAUGGUGGGGCUGGAGGCUACGGCACCCGUAUCUCUACCUCCAGACAACUGACGAGCUAUGGGGGCGAAGUCACUAGCGGAGACCUGUUUGGUGGCAAUGAGAAAAUGGUCAUGCAGAGCCUAAAUGACCGUCUAGCAAGUUACCUAGAAAAAGUGCAGUCUCUGGAGCAGUCCAACUCCAAGUUUGAGAUGCUCAUCAGGCAAUGGCAUGAAGCCAAUGCGCCCAUCACCAGUCGGGACUACAGUGCCUACUACAAACAAAUUGAAGAGCUGCAGAGUCAGAUUAAACAGGCUCAACUGGAAAAUGCUCAAUAUGUCCUGCAAAUUGACAAUGCUAAACUGGCUUCUGAGGACUUCAGACUGAAGUGUGAGACUGAGAGAAGCUUCCGAGUAACAGUGGAGGCUGAUCUCCUGGGACUCAAUAAGGUCUUGGAUGAGCUCACCCUAGGCAAGACAGACUUGGAGGUACAGAUCGAAGAACUGAAUAAAGAACUGAUUGUCCUCAAGAAGGAGCAUGAGGAGGAAGUCAGUGUCCUGAGCAAGCAACUGGGUAACAAUGUCAAUGUGGAAGUGGAUGCUACUCCAGGCCUCAACCUCAGCACCAUCAUGAGUGAAAUGAGGGAGAAAUAUGAAGGUAUAGCCCAGAAGAACCUUCAAGAAGUCAGAGACCACUUUGACACAGAGACUAAAGUCUUGCAAGAACAAGUCACAGGGAGCACUGAAGAAAUAAAAGAAUAUGAGAUUCAAAUAAAGGAUUUGAGACGCACCUACCAGAACCUAGAGAUAGAGCUCCAGUCCCAUCUCAGUAUGAAAGAAUCUUUGGAGUGCACGUUAGAGGAGACCAAUGCUCGUUACAGUAGUCAAUUGGCCAACAUCCAGGAACAGUUAAAUUCUCUCGAGGCCCAGCUGAUGCAGAUGCGGGCUGAUGCAGACCACCAGAGCCAGGAAUACAGUAUUCUGCUUGACUUAAAGACCAGGCUUGAACAGGAAAUUGCUACUUACCACCGCCUUUUGGAAGGAGAGUAAGUUCUUAACACCAAGGAAUAUCAGCAAAGCAUCCUGGUCGAGAAAGAUCCCAAGAAAUCCAGGACAAUUAAGACCAUCGUGGAAGAAGUAGUGGAUGGCAAAGUUGUAUCUUCAGAAGUGAGAACUGUGAGCGAAACCCAAUAA